CACACACACACAGUGUCCUAGAAAAGCACUCUUAUUAGCAGAGGAGAAGCUUAACAACUCUGUCAUAUGUGCAUAUACAGAACACUGUAGUUAGCAUCUCUGUGAUUAAGCGGCGUCUUCCAGGACUCAAGCAGCGCAGCAGCUAGCCUAGCCAUGACGAUCGUGGAGAUGCAGAUGAACAUCGACUGCGACGGUUGCGAGGACAACGUGAGGAAGGCACUCCAGAGGCUCCAAGGGGUGGAUUACGUGGACGUGGACAGGGUGAGGGGGAAGGUGACGGUGACGGGGUCGGCGAGCCAGAAGAAGGUGCUGCGUGCAGCGCGGCGCUCCGGGAGGAUCGCCGUGCUCUGGCCGUCGGCGUACGACACCGACCACCGCCACCACCACCAAGCCUACUACGCGCAGCCGGCGUACCAUCACCACCACCACUACCAACAAACCAUCAAGCCCGCCGCCGCCGCCGCCGCCGCCGUCGCCGUCGCCGCGCGCGCGCCCCACCACCACCACCAACACUACAGCAGCGUGCAGCACGGCAGGAUGAGCGGAGGAGGCAAGGCGGUGAGCUCGUACAACUACCACGUCCACGGAUACUUCGACUCCGACCUCCACGGGUACAGCGGCGGCCACCACCACGGCGACGUCGUGCCGGCCGCCGCGCGGAGCUACUUCAGCGACGAGAACCCGCACGCCUGCGCCGUCAUGUGACCGUCGCCGUCGCCGGCCGGUCGGCCGGAAGAACGCUGCUCUGCUCUGCAUGCUCCUCUGUGUUCUUGUGUGGCUUUGUGCAGUUGUUGUUGUUGUGUACUUGUGUACAGUUUCAGACUUUCAGCCUUUCAGAGAUCAGUCUGCGUGUUUUCAGGAGUACCUCGCUAGUUCUAGUAUUGUAGCCUGAAACUUCUAAAUCCAAGAGCAAAGUUUUGCUUUGCUUCCGGUUUGAUGAAUCAAAUAGUAUUGUUUUUUGAAUGAAA